AUGUCACAAAGAAAACGAUUUUCGAUUUCGAUAAUUCGUUAUCUCUAUACGACAUUCAUAAUCAUUGGCUUGAUGUAUUUCGCCUACAGUUACUUGCAUAGACACGAAGCAAAUGUUACAGAUGAUCUUCGCAACUCUACUGAUUACAUUAGUUUUACGCGAACUAGCAAAUGUGUUAAGACGAAAUUACUAUUGAACAAAUACCGUACUACCGUAUGUACACAUAACGUUGUACGAAAUCGUGAUAUCAGUGGUUCGCUCAUGUCAGCAGGCAUCUGGGAAGAAUAUUCAGUGACCCAUUUACUUCGUAUACUUUCCAAACAUCGUCAGUAUGCAUUUUUCGAUAUUGGUGCUAAUAUCGGAGUUUACACAUUGUAUGCUGCAGUGACAGGUUGCUCAAAUGUUAUUUCCAUUGAAUGCUUUUUUCCAAAUAUCGAUUUAAUCCGUCAAGCUAUCGGACUUGAGCAUGUUGAAGAACACGUUGUUCUGGUUCCUCGUGCGCUUUACAAUAAAUCUGAUGUUUAUUUAUCGCUCCAAGAAAAUAUUCGUAACAAUGUCCUAUCGCAAUAUUUGAAUGAAGAAGUAGUCAAAAACGAUACAAACCCUUUCCUCGUUCGAACAAUCCGUUUCGAUGAUCUUUUACCUACAGUAUACAAAAGAAAUAUUCGCGAGGCAAUUAUCAAAAUUGACAUCGAAAGAUCUGAGCAUUAUCUAUGCGAAACAGGUGAACAGAUGUUUAAUUAUCUAAAUAUUCCGUUCGUUAUGAUGGAAUGGGCGAAUAUAAAAGCCAUACCUGAACGAGCAACUCUGAUUCGGUCAUUCUUCACCAGUCGUCAAUAUCUUCCGUAUGCUCCUGAAACAUGUCAACUACACAACGAAACAGAUUAUUCCAAAUGGAACAGCCAAUAUAUCUACUGGAUAAAACAUAACUAUGCUUACUUAUGUAAACUUUGA